CGGAUCUGAAACCUGGAUAGUAGCACGUCCGCGGUUCUGAUGACACAACGAGACGCAGUGCGCAUAUAUGUCCUGUAGACUCAAAUGACAAAUGUUUCCAUCACUUUCGCCGAUAUGUCUAAUCUAUUCCUUGUGCAUUUAUUGUAGACUUCUAUCUGUAGAGCACCGGGAUGCAUUGGUUCGACAUUCUGAAUCUUCUUUGCUUUAAAAUUAAAACACAGAGAAAGAGAAAAGUAACUUGAGUACUUUCGGAAUACCGGUAUAUUUGGGGAAUUUUUGUAAAACGGGGCAAAACAAACAUAAUGAUCCGGAGGAGGAUGUCUUGUCGAGAAGUCAUGUAAAGUGAUGACACGUCUAACAAUUUCGCUGGAGAAAUUCUGUUCAGCACCACGGACAGCUCUAAAUAGUAUCGCUGAUAAAACGAAAGCUGAUCUGUUCCUGUGAUAAGUCUGUCUUGGCAAAAUGGUAUAAUUCUCGAAAUCUCUAACGAAAGCAGUCCAAGUCUGACAUCUAGAUAAUUUAAAUGGUGAUUGCGCACAUUUUUAAAGAUAAGUAUUACCCUAGUGUUAUGCAAAACUGAGGGGGGGUGGGGAGUGUAAAAUAUGAAUCUUUUUCUCACUGUGAAAAUGUUAUUUUCAUGUAUAGCGAAUGACUUCAUUUACACGCUCAGUAACGUCAUCUUAGUUAAUUAGAUUGUUAAUUUAAAAAGGUAUGCAUAACAUAGCCCACUCCGUAUCCGUGCCCUUGAUACUAGAUGGUCGUUUGUAUCUAACCUGAAUUAAUGCUACACAUUUAUUUGCAUUUAGUGGUUCAUGCUAUGUUGACUUGAGAAUGUUCAUCACAGAAAAACGCAGACGCGAGGAGGGGGGGCGGUUGUGAAAGUGAAGGAACCCCCCUUCUAGAUGCGCUCGUGGCCUCAAAAUAGCUCAGUCAGUUUCAGUGCCUUUGCAGCACGCUGGAAAGGCAGGUCACACAGAAUAGGUAGCACCACGCGCGCACUCUGUGGCAAGGAUGCAGUUUCAUUCAUUCAGCCCUGCAAACUGCCCGCGGUGGCUCUGUCUGAACCGGGCAGAUCCUUUGCAAAUCGGAAGGCUCUAAUUGAACCGAAGCCCCUUUUUAAUGUCACGAUGUCACAGGAGGAAAACUGCCAAUUAUUUGUCGCUGUUUCUUUCAACGCACGCGGAUCUAUACCUUCCUUUUUCACCUGAGAAAGCACAUGGGGUCUCCAGCAAAAUACUUGUCUGUGCACGAAACUCAGUCCGUUCCGUUUUUUAUCGGAGAGAUAAUGUGGAACACGUCCGAAUCGGCGGAAAAAACAGACGGCAAAAAAGAAUUGAUAGUUCGGACGGUGACUGGUUGCUUGCUUUCUCUUCUCAUCUUAUGGACUCUGUUGGGGAACAUUCUGGUAUGCUCUGCGGUCCUCAAGUUCAGGCACUUGCGAACUAAAGUGACAAACAUUUUCAUUGUGUCUCUGGCUGUUUCUGACCUGUUUGUUGCUGUGCUAGUCAUGCCCUGGAAAGCAGUGGCCGAGGUUGCGGGAUAUUGGCCAUUCGGACCCUUCUGUAACAUCUGGGUGGCUUUCGACAUUAUGUGCUCCACGGCGUCCAUCCUCAAUCUCUGCAUCAUAAGCGUGGAUAGGUACUGGGCCAUAUCUAGUCCGUUCCGAUAUGAAAGAAAAAUGACUCAAAGAGUGGCCUUUGUAAUGAUCAGUGUGACAUGGACGUUGUCUGUACUCAUUUCGUUCAUACCAGUGCAGCUGAACUGGCAUAAAGCCAGCGACGAGGAGGUCUGGAUAAAUGGCACCUCUUUUGGGGAAAAAUCUGAAAACUGCGACUCUAGUCUCAACAGAGAAUACGCCAUAUCAUCAUCUUUGAUAAGUUUUUAUAUCCCCGUAGCAAUUAUGAUUGUGACCUACACAAGAAUAUAUAGGAUUGCUCAAAUCCAGAUACGGAGGAUAUCUUCUUUAGAGCGCGCGGCAGAACACGCGCAAAGUUGCAGGACGAACAGACUCGAGUGCCAACACCACAAUACCUUGAAAACGUCCAUUAAAAGGGAAACCAAAGUCUUUAAAACUUUGUCUGUGAUUAUGGGCGUUUUCGUCUGCUGCUGGUUGCCCUUCUUCAUUCUAAAUUGCAUAGUCCCAUUUUGUGACAGACCACCGACAGACCACACAGCCGGACUUCCUUGUGUGAGUGACACAACUUUUGACGUGUUCGUUUGGUUUGGAUGGACAAAUUCCUCUCUGAAUCCAAUUAUAUAUGCAUUCAAUGCCGACUUUAGAAAAGCCUUUGCCAGUCUUCUAGGGUGUCGUAAUUUCUGCUCGAGGACACCAGUUGAAACUGUAAACAUCAGCAACGAGCUUGUCUCUUAUAACCAAGACACACUGUUUCAUAAAGAAAUCGUUACCGCGUAUGUGAACAUGAUUCCAAACGUGGUGGACUGCAUCGAUGACAACGAGGACACCUUCGAUAGAAUAUCACAGUUUUCUCAUAACAAUGAAAUUGCAACUGACUCAGUCUGUGACUUGGACGAUUGUGAGGCAGAUAUUUGCUUGGAUAGACUUGCGCCGUUCACCCCUAAUGGUUUACACUAGCUCACUUAUUUGUCUAAAAAUCAAUACAUAAAAUGAUGUAUUGCUCUAAUAAGAUAUUUAAACUGUGUUGUUAUUACAUACUUACAGUGACGUUGUAAUAUUUUGUAACAGUAGACAUUGACUUUAUGUGUAUUUAUCUGUUGAAAUGGUAUGGUCAUAUGCUUUAAAAAAACGUGUUGCUUAAGCGCUAACCCCUCCACUGAUUUACAUUAUACAGUUCAUAUCCAACGGCAUGGGGACACAGUACAUCAUUUAAGUACAAUCGUUUGUAUGAUUGUAUUUUGAACGUCAGUGGCUGAAAUGGACGUGAUGAGUGACAUUUCAGACAGAAAGUUAGUUGUUUUUGUUCAAUAGUGUCAACGACCGACGGCGGCAGCAAGACUUGUUUUAGGUUCGCAAAAUAGGGAAAGCCGUAUGUAAACCAAUUAUGGUUAUUUACGGAAUUUCAAAAGCCUUAUUUACUCCGAACAUGUGCAAUAUAUUAUUUAUCGCGGAGGUGUGAAAACAUUUGAAAUAUGCGUUUGAGAGCACCAGGCGUGCACAUAGCUGCGUCCUCGUUCUCUCUUCCUGCCCUCUAUUACUUACCAAGCAUCCCAACAAGUUUAAUUUAUGCACACGCACGUGCACAGUCCGUUGUAUGAAGUCGCUCCCUGCCUCGACACGCACAACAGGGGAAGAAUUUGAAAUACGUGGUAUGAUGCCUAAUCAAAUUAUCCAGUGAUGUCUGAGGCUUUUGCACAACAUAACCAUGAAGCAUAGAUCCAGUGUAAAAAAUAUUAAUAUGAUGUUGACUAAGAUUAUAAUUGAUAGUGGUUUGAAACGCGAUUCCAUUCAUUAUCAAUUUAAAAAAAAAAGAUAAUAACAGAUACUAAUACAUUGUAUUUGUAGGGCAUUUUUCAUUGCGUGGGAAUCUCAGAUACAAUGGGCAAUGGGAAAUGUUCCUUGUACAUUGGUAAACGGGGAAAAAAGAAUUCAUUGAUUAAUUUAUUUAUUUAUAUAAAUUCAUCCAUUAAAAUAAAUGCUCAACCUGCGCGCGUGCGCAGUCUUUUGGUUUUAAUACCACUGGGAACGUGAGGCGUUCAGUGUGUAAUGCAUCUGUAGACGUCAUGGUGUUUUCGCAGUUGUAAGCUGAGUUGGUUGUUGUUGCAGAGUUAUUUGUUGGUUACGCACAGACCAAGGAGCCUUAAGACAAAGUCUCUCAAUCGGACAGGGUCUCAGUUGAAGGCUGACAAUGAUGCAUUAUCGAUUGGAAUAUAUUUUUAAAGGUUUCUUGAUCACCCUGAGGCAUAUUGAAUCUGCAGUAAUCUUACCCAUAUAGUUGGAAUUGUUUAUGAAUGGGUGCAUCCUCUUAUCCUAUAACAUUCCCCAGAAAAAAAGGGCUUUUGCUGGAGAGCGUACGUGGGGGGCCACUUCAUCCCUCAGCUAAAUUAAUAUUUCAACUCUGAGGCUUUUUCUUUCGAGGGUACAAAUGGCAAGAAAGAGCUGUAUCACUGUCAGAAAUGAAAAUUACACACUAAUAAAUACAUAAAAUUAUGCGAGAGAAUUAUAAGGUUUCUGGUAAAUAAAGAAAAAUGAGGAGGAGGAUGAAGGUGCCCCCAAACUGUUCUGCUGGAUGUACAUUUGACUGAUAUAUUUCCAUCAAAAUGUAGAGAUGACACAGUAUGAAUGUAAACUGUUCUUCAAAUUGUGAAGUACAAAUAACAUUUGAAAAGAAAUAAAAUUCAGUUGACAGAAAAAAACAAUGCCUCCCUCCCCCUGGUGUUAUAUAGGUCUUUAUUGUUGGGUAAAAGCCUUUGGUCGUUUAUUUAAAAUUUGUAUAAGUUUUUUGUUGCUGACAGAUGAUACAACUAGAUGCCAAUCAUUCAUUUCAAAGAUUCCUGAGACAAUCAAUACUAGACCAGAUUUUUCUCAAAUCUGAUAAGGAAUAGAGCUACAAUGAGCUGUCAAUCUUUAACUCAUUUUUACCAAAGAUGUUCUCCCUAAUUUGAAGCGCAAUGAUUUGUUGAAUUCUUGAGUAGUUGAUGUGGGUUUCAAGAAAUCUAAGGGGAUUACUCCUUUCUCUCAUCCUCGCUCUCUCUCCUUCCCUAUGUAUCUUGCUCUCUGUUUUCUGAAUGCCACCCCCCUCCCCCUCCAAAAAAAAAACCAAAAAAAACAAGUGAGAUUUCAAAAAUAUGCAGUCAGAAUUAAAAACUCAAAUGGUGCAGGGAAAAAGUCAACCAAUGGGAAGAUAUCUUGGAAUGAACAGAUGAACAAAUAUUUAACUGAUGCAUAAUGCCAAAAAAAGAUUUUUAAAAAUGAAACCAAAAGGAAUACAUAUUAUUAAUAGACACUCAGCCUCUCAGUCUCUGCUUUUUCUUUCUCCUUCAUUCAAUGCCCUCUAUUACUUAACUCUGCCCUCUAGUUUUCUACCAUCAUCUUCCUCCCUUUUUCUUCUCUCUCUGCAUGCCUUUUCCCCUACUCCCCCAGUACCAUGAUAUUUUUUUUCUCUUACCCCCCUCUUCCUACACCUCUUUUUCCCCUUAGCUCUCUAAACUGAUAUUCACCCUCUUUCAUUUUCUUCCCACCCAUACAUCUUACCCUUGCUAUCGUUCCUCCUCUUCCACCCUUAUUUUUCCCCGUGUGUUUUUGCUUCUCUGUUCAUUUUUUACUCAUAAUCUUUUCAUUACUUUCACUCCUGGUUUUUUCCUCUUCCCUAGAGGAAGAUAGAUGUGACAUAACUUUUCUGGUAUACCUUUUUAUCAAAACCUUCAUAAUCUUUGUUUCUUCUUUUGGGCAGUCAUUCUAUGGGCUGGACAAUGCUGAGAGAGAGAGAGAGACAGAGAGAGGCCAUGCAUGUCAAUCAGGAAACAACUCUGUAAAUACUUCCAGCAAAGGUCCUCACAACCCAUAUUAAAAAACCCCAUCACUUACUCAUCUUCAAAAACGAUAGGAAACGUGCAAAUAUCGCAAAUAUAGCAAAGUGUCUUGAGUAAACAUUUGUAAACCUGCCAAAAAACCUGUAGCAAAGCAGGAUCCGGGUAACGUUAGUCUAUCGACUGACAGAUGCUUCUAAGGCCAAUCAAACUGUUUAUAAAAAGUUCUGUAAUUUCUAUAUGGUGGCACCAAAAUGUAUAAAAAAUGCCCUUGAAAACUGAGAAUGUGCACUUUAACCACACAUGAAUUGUUGGAUUACAUAUCUAAAAUUGUGGAGUACAGAGCCAA